UAUAUGUACAUAUAUUGUCUUCUUCUCUGUCUUACAAUUUGCUUGUGUUUGUUGUUUCAAUUUAUAUUAUUGUUUAGUUUCUUAGUCUGGUCUUGAAGUCUUCAAUGAAGAAAGUUGUCUUGAAAUUGGAUUUACAUGAUGACAAAGAGAAGAAGAAGGCCAUGAAAGCAGUUUCUGGUCUAUCAGGUAUUGAUUCGAUUUCCAUGGACAUGAAAGACAAGAAAAUGACAGUGAUCGGGGAUGUUGACCCUAUUAAAGUGGCGAGCAAGCUUAGAAAACAAUGGCACACACAGAUUUUAACAGUAGGACCUGCUAAAGAAGAGAAGAAAGAUGGUGGGAAGAAAGAUGAAGGUGGGAAGAAGGAUGAUGAUAAUAAAAAGAAAGAAAGUGAGCAAAUAGCUGAGCUUAUAAGAGCUUACAAUGCUUACAAUCAGCACAUGGCUAUGUAUUAUCGGUCUGAUGAAUAUCCCAAUUCCUGUAUUAUUUGCUGAAUUGGUAACUAAGGGUUUGUAAUGUUUAUAUUGCUA